AUGAGCACCGUUGGAAACGUGGUACUUCUCGGCAAGGGCUUACUUGGCUCUAGUGUCCUUCCCGCUCUCGUCAAUGCUGGUUUCAAAGUGACCCUUCUCGGUAGAUCAGAGAACAACAAGAAUGGUCUUCCAGCCGGGGUCAAAUUUGGAAUCGUCGACUACAACUCUAUUGACAGCCUCGAAGCUGCUUUCCGUGGCCAGGAUGCAAUAGUGUCGACUGUCGGUAUGGAAGCUAUUCCUGGUCAGAAGUUGGUUAUCGAUGCUGCCAUCAAGGCCGGCGUCAAGCGCUUUAUACCAUCUGACUUCGGUGCUUUGACUACGGAUCCAAAUGCCAGCCACUUCUCACACCAUCUCGGGAUGAUUGAUAUCCAGAAACACCUCCACGCCAAAGCCGACGCCGGCUUAACCGAAUACACUAUCCUCUCUAUUGGAGCUUUUACCGAAUUCCUGGGGUCUGACCUCUUAAUCGAUUGGCAACACAAACGUGCAGAGAUAUGGGGCGGCGGCCGAGCUCUCGUCAGCACUACGAGCUUGGCUGCUACUGUCAGGGCUGUCGCUAGUGCUUUGCGAGAUUUAGAGGCUACAAAGAACCGCAACGUCUUCGUCCACGAGUACGCAGUGUCUCAGGAACAAUACUUGGAUAUGGCCAAAAAGUACGCAAAGCCAGAGACCAAGUGGUCUGUUGUCAAAAUAGAGGAUGCAGAGACUGAGUUGGACAGGAGGGCAGGUGUGUUGAGGGAACAGGGUGACAUGGCCAGCAUCUUCUCUUUUAUCAAGGGAACACUGCUAAGUGGGAAAUACAGUUCACACUAUAGACAUACUGACAACUCACUUGUUGGGUUGGAAGAACCUAACGAACCUGGGUUUAAGGCGAAGGUAGCAAAUUUAUGCAGCUAA